AUGUCUGCACGGUACGAACGAGUCAGCGGCCACGAUGCCGAAGAGCCAACGCUGCCGCGGUUGCAGCAGGCGGUCCCCCAGUCGCCUCCGCCGUCGUUUCGAUCGCGGGCAUCGUCACGGUCGCGGCGAAGUGCUGUGGCGGAUCCGACGCUGGCCGAUGCCUUUGACACAGACGGCGACCACGACAGCAGCGACGAGGAUGAGGCCGACGACCGGCAGCGGCUGGUGCGGCAGUCAUCGGCGACAAACAGCAGCAACAACCCGGGAAGCACGACGACAACAGCAGCAGCAGCAGCAGCAACUAGGCCAUCGGCGGCUGUUCCCAGCUCUAACCGCGUCUAUGGCGGCGGCAUCCAGUCGGACGGCGUGUUUUCCAACCUGACGGCAAAGCCAGAAGCAGGCGUGGAGAAGGAGGAGCAGCCACCGACCUACGAACAAGCAGCGGCAGAUUCGGCUCCCCCUUACUGGGAGACGACGAUCCUGGCGCCAGGGCUGGGCGGCUCGGACGAGGUGUAUGUGGACGGCAUGCCGGUCGGAUCCGUGUUUUCGUUUGUGUGGAACGGCAUGAUCUCAAUGUCCUUCCAGGUGGUCGGCUUCCUGCUGACGUACCUGCUGCACUCGACACACGCUGCCAAGAACGGGUCACGGGCCGGCUUGGGCGUCACCCUGAUCCAGUACGGCUUUUACAUGAAGAGCACGGCGAACGGUGGAGACGAUGGGGCCGGCGGCAGUGGUGGCAUGUCGGCGGCCGGAGCAGCAGCAGCGUCUGGCGGUACUGGUGUCGAGGGUUACGCUGCGCCACCAGACCCGAACGCACACAACUUUGACCCGAACGCGGUUAGCAGCUCGGGCGGUGGUGCACACGGGGCGGCGGCGAGCCUGCAGGAGAUGGCCAGCUCGGAAUGGGUGGCGUACGUGCUGAUGAUUGUGGGGUGGUUCAUUCUGAUUCGGGCUGUCAGCGACUACCUGCGGGCUCGGCGCCAUGAGCAGCUGGUGCUGCAGAGCCCGGACCGGGGACUAGGCGUGGCUGUGAUUGCCGAGGGCGAGCAGCCAGAGCAGGCGGUAUAG